GACACUGACAAAAGCACGGACUCGCUUAAAAUAACACAAACCAUUCAGCACACAUUGUUAUGGAGUGAAAUUUUAUUUAUUUAACUUUAUUUAAUCAUGCAAUGAGCUGAAAAUAUAUCAGUAAGCACUGUUACAAGCAAACAAUAAGCAUAUUGUUCCAGCAAUCAUUGUCCUUUUCUCGGCAGCUUCAGAUUUAUGUUUCCCAAUCUUGCGGAACAGAAUCUCUGUAUUUGGAUCAAUUCUGGAAACUGUGGAGUUCUUGAGAUGCUAGACUAAAUCUCAAACAGAACAUGGUAAACCGGAGGACGGCACGUCUUGAUUUGCUCGCAUUGACAUUUGUGGUGUUUUUAACACUUUCGAAAGGAUUUGAUACCACAACUGGAAGGCAUGUCAGCCGCACCGCAGUGUACGAGAUACAGCGCGUGCAUUGGAAAACGGAGACUAAGAACCAGCGCGCGACUGCGGAUUUGCAGGUUUAUCACCCGCAGCGGAGUGCGCCUGUCAAGUCAACGCUAAAACGCAAGUCACUGAAAUCAAAACUGCUAGCAAAAGCGAAUAAGCUGGGAACAAAUACGACAAUAACUAUUGAUUUAAAUGGACCCAACGUGUGUGGAAACAGAUGCUGCACCGGGUGGACUGCGGCUCUUAAGACAAAGAAAUGUACCAAGCCCAGGUGCUUUCCACGGUGUCAGAAUGGAGCGAUCUGCAGGCAUCCCAACACCUGCGUGUGUCGGCGGGGCUUCCGCGGAUCCAGGUGUGAGCUCGCUGCUGUGACCCAUGCCCCCACCAUCGAGGUCCACCCGCGCCCCACCAGCACGCCCGCCACCCCUGUUACCACUCCCGCACGCCUGUGGACCAAUGGAGCGGGUGCCUGGGCUUCCCGGAUCCCCCCAACCUCCGCCCCCAGGCCUAGCUCCACUGCCGGUCCAACCUCCGCCCCCAGGCCUAGCUCCACUGCCGGUCCAAGCUCCACUUCCAGGCCUAGCUCCACUGCCAGUCCCAGCUCCACCCCCAGGCCUAGCUCCAUUGCCAGUCCCAGCUCCGCCCCCAGGCCUAGCUCCACUGCCAGUCCCAACUCCACCCCCAGGCCUAGCUCCACCGCCGGUCCCAGCUUUGCCCCCAGGCCAAGCUCCACCCUCAAGCCGAGUCCAAAGACACAGCAGGCACUGCGCUGGCUGCCACUCACGUUAAGAGAGGCCCAGUCAGUGCUGCUGAAGAAGGCUCUGGCCAAUCGCGGACAGGGAGAGAAGAUGACCUCCCUCCUGUUGAAGCAUGUUGAGGCCGAGCGUGAGAAGCUCCACUCCCCCGGCCUUCUGGGGACCCAGACAUCCAGCGUCAAGACCAUCCACACCCAGCGCGGCCAGUACACCAUCCACGUGAGCGCCACACCAGCCGACAACCAGACCGCCGGCGGAGGAAGAGGAGGAGGGGGAGGAGGAGGAGGAGGAGGAGGAGGAAGGGGGCUGCGAGGAGCCGAGCGCAUCAAGGUGCUCUUCACCCCCACCGUCUGCAAGGUGCGCUGCACCCAGGACCGCUGCACCAACUUCUGCGAGCGGGGCAACGUGACCACCCUGUACAGCAGCGGCGAGCAGGGGGGCCCUCUCGUCCCGGGACCCGGCUUCAGAGUCUUUCUCUGCCCCCUGCUGUGUCGGAACGGGGGCGUCUGCAUCCAGAAAGACCGCUGCCUGUGCCCGCCCAACUUUACCGGAAAGUUCUGCCACAUCCCGGUCACCGGGUCCUCCACCAAUGACAUCGAGAAGCCGCCACCCGGCCCCUCCGUGGCGGCCAAUCAGGCGGUGCUGAGGCAUUCGGAGUUCAUCCUCCCCCUGCAGAGCCAGUCGCACCCCCAGGCCAGUGCCUCGGGGACGUCCAUGGUGAAGGUGCGGGUGCAGCACCCCCCGGAGGCCACGGUCAAGAUCCACCAGGUGGUGAAGGUGGGGUACGGGCCCACGGUGAGGGAGCAGUCCGAGACGGUCACCUGGUCAGCCGGGCUCUCGGGGACCCGGAACACCGUGCAGCCGGGCCAGAGGGCGGAGGCCCCGCCCCCUCAGGUCCAGGCCCAGACCAUCCGCGGGGACUCCGUCUACACGGAGUCAUCCGGCUUCAAGUACUGCUUCCGGGAGGUCCGCAAUGGCCAGUGCAGCUCCCCCCUCCCAGGGCUGAGGAGCCAGGAGACCUGCUGUCGAGGGGCGGGACUGGCCUGGGGAAUCAACGAAUGCACCUUGUGCCCCUCUAAAACAGCAAACAGUGCCAACGGAGAGAGGAGCUGUCCCAGCGGAUUCGAGCGCAACGGCACUCAGUGCGUGGAUAUUAAUGAGUGUUUGCAGCCUGGGUUUUGCGAGAACGGAAACUGUGUCAACACUCGCGGGAGCCACUCCUGCGUGUGCAGGACGGGAUAUUUACUGGACGCGUCUCACGGGAUCUGUGUCUCCCAGAAGGUCAUUUCGGAGGACAAGGGGCAGUGCUACCGCAUCGUGAGCCAGGGGACCUGCACCCUGCCCAUCCUGAGGAACAUCACCAAGCAGAUCUGCUGCUGCAGCCGAGUGGGCAAGGCCUGGGGCAGGAGCUGCGAGAAGUGCCCGUACUUCGGCUCGGAUGGCUUUAAGGAGAUCUGCCCAGCUGGGCCUGGAUACCAAUACUCAGCCUCGGCAAACAAUUUCCACCAGAGGGCGCAAGAGCAGCUGGGCACCGCGGGGGCCUCCCUCACCCCUCAGAGUAGACCCCAGCUGCCGUCCAGCGCAGGCAGCCACACAGCUCAGAGUAGACCCCAGCUGCCGUCCAGCACAGGCAGCCACACCGCUCAGAGUAGACCCCAGCUGCCGUCCAGCGCAGGCAGCCACACCGCUCAGAGUAGGCCCCAGCAGCCAGCUGGCAGUGCCCAGAGAGCAGCAAUCCUUCCACAGCAAACCGGUGCCACGCGAAGUGAUGGACAGCCCUUUAGGCCCCUCCUCGUUCCAGCCACGCCCCGUCCAGCUCCACCCAGGCCAGCGCUACGUGCGUGUGAGGCCGACCCCCGGAUCUGUGGGUCGGGUCGCUGCGUGAACCUGCCGGACGGGAAGCACACCUGCGUUUGUAACCCUGGUUACCAGCUGAACGCCCAGCAGGGGCGGUGCCAAGACGUGGACGAGUGCAGGAGAACUCCCCCACCCUGUGACCGCGGCCAGUGUCAGAACACAGACGGGGGGUACAGAUGCACCUGUCCCACAGGAUACCGGGCAGGACCCCUGGGCACCAGCUGCAUAGAUGUGAACGAGUGUGUCCAGACCCCGCGGCUCUGUUCCCCCGGCCAGUGCCAGAAUACCCCCGGAAGCUUCCGCUGCACUUGUCCCGCCGGCUUCCAAAGCAGCCCGCAGCAAACGCAGUGUCUCGACGUAGACGAGUGUCGCCAGGCCCCCAGCCUCUGUGCUAACGGGCGCUGUGAGAACACCCUGGGCAGCUACAGGUGUGCGUGUUCCACUGGGUACAAGCUACAGGCCAACACCUGCACAGACAUCAACGAGUGUGAGAGCCCUUUGCAGUGCCCUGGUCAGGAGUGUGUGAACUCCCAGGGUUCUUACAGGUGUGUCGCCUGUCAGCCAGGUUUCGGCCUACUCAACGGAAAAUGCUCAGACAUAGACGAGUGUCGCAAAACACCCAGCCCCUGUGCCAGCGGGCGCUGCGAGAACACCCCUGGAAGCUACAGGUGUGUGUGCCCCACAGGGUACAGGCUACAGGGCAGCACCUGCACAGACAUUAAUGAGUGUGAGGACCGGUCGCAGUGCCCUGGUCAGGAGUGUGUGAACACCCAGGGUUCUUACAGGUGUGUCACCUGCAAGCCAGGCUUCAGGCUUCUCAACAGGAAGUGCUCAGACAUCGACGAAUGCCAGCAGGCCCCCAGCCCCUGUGCUAAUACCGGGCGCUGUGAGAACACCCUGGGCAGCUACAGGUGUGUGUGUUCCACUGGGUACAAGCUACAGGGCAACACCUGCACAGACAUUAACGAGUGUGAGGACCCUUUGCAGUGCCCUGGUCAGGAGUGUGUGAACUCACUUGGGUCAUACAGGUGUGUCACCUGUCAGCCAGGGUUCAACCUGCUUAACGGCCAAUGCUCAGACAUAGACGAGUGUCAACAAACCCGCAGCCUCUGUGCUAACGGGCGCUGUGAGAACACCCUGGGCAGCUACAGGUGUGCGUGUUCCACAGGGUACAGGCUACAGGCCAACACCUGCACAGACGUCAACGAGUGUGAGGACCCCCUGAGGUGCCCUGGCCAGGAGUGUGUGAACUCUCCUGGGUCGUACAGGUGUGUCGUCUGUCGGCCGGGCUUCAGCCUGCUCAACAGUAAAUGCGCAGAUGUCGACGAGUGUCGCCAGACCCGCAACCCCUGUGCCAACGGGCGCUGUGAGAACACCCUGGGCAGCUAUAGGUGUGCGUGUUCCACCGGGUACAAGCUACAGGGCAGCACCUGCGCAGACGUUGAUGAGUGCCGCCAGUCUCCCGCCCCCUGUGCCAAUGGGCGCUGUGAGAACACCCUCGGCAGCUACAGGUGUGCGUGUUCCGCUGGGUACAAGCUACAAGGCAACACCUGCACAGACGUAGACGAGUGUCGCCAGGCCCCUAAUGUCUGUGCCAACGGGCGCUGUGAGAACACCCUGGGCAGCUACAGGUGUGCGUGUUCCACUGGGUACAAGCUACAGGGCAACACCUGCACAGACAUAGACGAGUGUCGCCAGACCCCCAAUGUCUGUGCCAACGGGCGCUGUGAGAACACCCUGGGCAGCUACAGGUGUGCAUGUUCCACCGGGUACAAGCUACAGGGCAACACCUGCGCAGACGUGGACGAGUGUGAGAACGCCCUGCAGUGUCCGGGACAGGAGUGCUUUAACUCCCAGGGGUCCUUCAGCUGCUCCGCCUGCAAGCCGGGCUUCAGUCUCCAAAACAGGAAGUGCCAAGACGUGGACGAGUGCCAGCGGUUUCCUCCGGCGUGUGCAAACGGGCGCUGCCAGAACAGCCCCGGGAGCUACCGGUGCGAGUGCCUCAGCGGGUUCCGGCUGCAGAAUAACACCUGCACAGACGUGGACGAGUGCGAGGACCCCCUGCAGUGCCCCGGUCAGGAGUGCGUGAACUCAGAGGGCUCCUACAUCUGCAUCCCCUGCAGGGUGGGCUACACCAUGCAGAACAGGAAGUGCUCCGACGUGGACGAGUGCCGGAACCCGCGGACCUGCAGCAGGGAGAGCCGCUGCGUGAACACGGACGGGUCGUACCGCUGCGAGUGCAACGCGGGCUUCAGGGCCUCGGGCCCCGGCAGGCAGUGCAGAGACAUCAACGAGUGUCAGGAGGGGGACGUCUGUUCGCCGCGAGGCGUGUGUGUGAACUCCGAGGGGUCCUACCACUGCGUGUGCUCUGAGGGCUACCAGCCGGCCGCUAACGGAACUCGCUGUGUGGAUGUGGACGAGUGUGCCCGGCCGGGGGUUUGCCAGGACGGGCACUGCGCCAACACCGUCGGGUCCUUCCAGUGCCAGUGCCGGGAGGGAUUCGCCCCCAACCCGGAGAGGACAGCCUGCCUGGACGUGGACGAGUGCGCCGAGCUCGGCGGGACGGUGUGCCGCGGCCAGCGAUGUGAGAACUCCAUCGGCUCCUACCACUGCAUCACCACCUGCGAGCCCGGCUAUCAGCUCACAGGCAGCGGGGAGUGCGUGGACAUCAACGAGUGUGCAAACAAGACGGUCUGCGGGGAGCACGCCUUCUGCCAGAACCUGAUCGGGACGUACCAGUGCAUGUGCGACCAGGGCUACGAGGCCACCAGCGAUGACAGAGGCUGCGUGGAUGAGAAUGAGUGUGUCACCAUGCAGGGGGUGUGUGGAGCAGCGCGCUGUGAGAAUGUGGAGGGCUCCUUCCUGUGCGAGUGUCCCGGAGAGGACGAGGAGUUUGACCUGGACACGGCGCGGUGCCGGGGCAGACCGCGGCCAGGUCACCCCAUGUUCCCCGGCAGUUCCUCCUCAUCCUCAUCCUCAUCCUCCAUCUCCGAACCGGAGUCUCAGCCCCGCCCAGACUCGAGCGUCCGCCUGCCCCCGCCCCGCCCGGGGGAGGCUCGGGAGUGCUACCACAGCACGCGGGAGCAGGGCUCCUGCAACACCAUCUCCCGCAACACCACCCACCAGGAGUGCUGCUGCACCAUCGGGGAGGCCUGGGGCCUGGGCUGCCAGUUCUCUCCCUGCCCCACCCUGGGGUCGGCGGAGUACCAGGAGCUUUGCCCGAGCGGAAAGGGAUAUGUUACCACAGGACCGGGUGCUUUCAGCUACAGAGAUGUGGACGAGUGCAAAGUGUUCGACCCCCAGGUGUGCAAGAGCGGCGUGUGCGUCAACCACAUCCCCGGCUACUCCUGCUACUGCACCACGGGCUACUACUACGACACCGUCCUGCUGGAGUGCAUCGACAAUAACGAGUGUGAGCGGGGGGACUCGUGCGAGGGGGGCCUCUGUAUAAACACAGUGGGCUCAUACUUCUGCUCCUGUGAGCCGCCAUUGGUGCUGGACGAUACCCAACGCCGCUGCAUCAACUCCACCAGCCUGACCGUAGACGAGAACCUGGCCUUCUGCUGGCAGCACGUCACCGCCAGCCUGGUGUGCCAGAGCCCCCUGCUGGAGGGGCAGGUGACGUUCACCGAGUGCUGCUGUCUCUACGGAGAAGCCUGGGGGCUGCAGUGCGCCCUGUGUCCCGCCCGAGACUCAGAUGACUACGAGGCACUGUGCAGUGUCCUGAGGACCCCCGUCUACACCCCGCCUUUCACGGGACGGGGGUAUGGCCCCUCCCGGGGUCCCACCCCCGGGCGGGGAUACGGCCUGCCCUAUGACCCCGAAUCAUACCCCGAGCCCUUGCCUCCGGGGCCUGACUACUUCCGCCCGGGCUAUGACGAUUAUCCACCACCAGGGGGCAGGAGACCUGGCUACAGCGGCAUACCCGUGGACCCUUACGGAGUGCGGGAGCCUCCUUACAGCCAGCCAGGUGCCGGUCGUUACUAUGAAGAGGACUUUGACCCGCGCUUUGUGCCGUCCGAGUCCGACCUCAGGCCCCCUUUCCGAAUAGUGGACCCUCUCACUGAGCCGGCCUAUGGGGCCCGGCCCCGCCCCCCCAGCCGGGGCGACCCCAGGAGCCUGAGCCUCGCACCCCUCCCUGAAAACUAUGAGGAGGAUGAGGACGAAGACGAGCAGGGCCCGUCCGAGCCCUGGAGAAGCUUCCUACCCCGGGAGGCCCCGCCCUACCCAGACUUCUCAGAGGGGAGGCUCAGCGAUGGACUCCGGCGAGAUACCUAUGAGAGGCGGUAUGAGUCGUACGAGGGCCUCGGCGCGGAGGACUGCGGGAUCCUGCACGGGUGCGAGAACGGCCGCUGCAUCCGCGUGGCCGAGGGAUACACCUGCGACUGCUACGACGGCUACCACCUGGACAUGACCUCCAUGACCUGCAUAGAUAUAAACGAAUGCGAGGAGGCGGACGACCUUGCGGCGGAGUGUGUGAAUGGCCAGUGCAUCAACACAGACGGCUCCUACCGCUGCCUGUGCCUGCGUGGCUUCAUCAUGUCCCGACGGCCCAAUCACUGCAUCCGGUCCCGCCCCUGAGUCCCACCCCCUCGCCCCGGCACCCAGGAGCCCCACCCCUGCUGCAGCAACCUCGCCCGGUGACUCCAGGUUCUGCCCUCAGCCCGCAAAUGUAUCUGAUCCUGGGGAAGAGCAGGACAGGGUUUGCCUUUUUAGCGAGAGUAAUGUCACAGGCUGUCCAGUUUUUCUUUUUUUUUUUACUUCAGGUGAUUUCCAUGUUGCAACAAGCUUUUGUGGACUGGAUUUCACUUGGCAAUAUGUCAUUGAUUAGAAUAUGAAAUGGCAGGAACUCAACACACACAUGUCCGUUCACUUCUUUUUAUGUUCUUAUGCCCAUAGUUGAGAAGUAGGUAAAAUUUUAGUAGGCAUUUUGAGGGGAGAGAUGAGCAGCAGUUGGUCGGACACUCUGUCGGAAUGCUACACUGUUUUAUUCAGGGGGUCACCUGAUGUGUUGGCUGUUUGAGGGAAAGGAACGGGGUCAUCCGUUCAGUGAACGCUUCUGUAGGGUGAGUCACACGUAGAUGCGAAAAGAAAGAAGACACGUCCAAUUACUUCGUCCAUCGGAUGGGGCUUUUAGGUCUAGUGUGCUCUUCGACACUGAAAUGGCCGCCUGCUUUUGGAGUUCGACCACCGGAGGCGCUGUUCGAAAUUCAGCGUACUCCCGCCGGUGUUACGAACAUUUGGCCUUGCCCGCCAGUGGGUUCUGAAAAAAGCCAGGCAGUUUAAUGGAAAUAAUGAACCAAAUUUUUAGUAGUUAAGAUGUUGUUUUAAGUGACAUUAGGAUUUAAUAUGUUAUGUGGAAAUUAUAAGAAAUGAUGGUAACACCAACAUAGAUGUCUGUUUAUGUGUUAUUUUUCUAUUAAUUUAUGUUGUUUGUGUAACAUUAAGCUACUUUUUAAAUGCAAUAGCUAUGAGAACAGUAAUGUGAUAUAAAAAUACCAACUGCUAUGUGCAGGUGAAUUCAAUUCACAUUUUUAGAAAACUAAACUGGUUUUUAAAAAUUUCCAAAGGACAGACUUCUUGCAAAAAAUUGCAAAAAAGUUUGGUCACCAACUUUUCAAAAAACCAUGUCUUUUCUCUUAGGGAAAAGAAACAUCAGAAAGUUCAGGUGUGUAUAAAAUGAUUUUGAACAUUGGUUACAUUUGAAACCAAUGGUUAAGAAACAUUCACAUUUUUACUACAAUUCAAGUCAUACAAUAUGCACAGUAAACAUAUGCUGUAGAAUAUAUUUUUUAUCACAUGCACAUUCUGUUGUUAAAAGGCAAAUUAUUUUGUUUUCUUUCAUAUUUGUUCAGGAACAUUCCCAUUUUGUCAGCACCUAAAAAUAUAUAACACUAUGCACUGUAUUUGACUUAACUCUUCUGUAAAUUUUAUAUGGUGUUACUGAUAUAUGUGAUUUAUUUUUGUUUCGUUUUUUACGUGUAAAACAUUUUUUAAAAUGUAUUUGCACACAUUCCAUUUGUAUUGUAUUUUACUGGAAUUUUUAUAGGUGUAGCUUUGUACAUUUGUAAUUUUUCUUCUCAAAGAUAAAGAUGUAACCGGAA